GUCAGGUACAAGUACCUACCUUUAAGUCAAUAUAAUAGGACGUUUUAGCCGUGUUCCUAUUCUCCAAUCAUCCGCUACCUCGAUCGUUCAUCUGAUACCCCGUCGAAGCAAGUUUCGGAACGGAUUUCUUCCUCUGUUCUGGACACCGGGGAAUAAUAGUUCUCUACAAGACGCGGCCGUGAGCUUCUCUCACCUGUCCGCUUCCCGCGUUAUAGCCCCGCUCUGCCGCUCUGCCGCCAUGUCCGAUGACGAGGCAGACCCGGAGCUUCUCGCCCUCCUGAGGGCGCACCUCCAGGGGAAGCAGGAUCUGGACGAGGAGCCCGAGACCGGAGUCUUGGAGGGCGCCGAGUACGUCUGCGACAACUCCAUCGACGUAGCCCUCAACAUGAGGGCGACCAAGAAUACCGCUGCUAUCAUCUACGAGCAGAUGCGGCUGAAGGAGUACUCGACCGCGAGCUGGUCGCAGCACGAGCUGCACCCCAAGUCCAAAGAUGAGUCUACUGUCGCCUUCAUCUUCACCAUGGACCUGCUCAACUUCUCCUUCUGGUCCCUGCGCCCGGAGGACGAGCGCUUUACCGUCUCCUACCGCGGCAAGACCUGGACCGGAUACUGGAGCCUAGUCGCCGCGCUGCAGAGGGCGCUGGAAGAAGAUAUUCCCAUCACCGACCCACACUACUGGCAGAACGAGGAGGACUGCAACCUCGAGUCCCUAAAGCACGUCUUCCGGUCGAGCACCGACGAGGAGAUGCCCCUGCUCGAGGCUCGUCUGUCUUGUCUCCGAGAGGCCGGACAGGUUCUGUACGAAAAAUACGGGUGCCGCUUCGCGACAUGUCUGGAGGCGGCCGGCGGCUCGGCGGCGGCGCUGGUGAACCUGCUCGCGCGCGACUUCGGCUGCUUCCGGGACGAGUUCCGCUUCGACGGCCGCCGGCGGCCCGUCCGCCUCCUCAAGCGCGCCCAGAUCCUCGCCGCCGACCUCUGGGCCUGCUUCGACGGCCGCGGCUACGGCGCCUUCCGCGACGUCGACAAGAUCACCAUGUUCGCCGACUACCGCGUCCCCCAGAUCCUCGCCACCCUCGGCUGCAUCGGCUACAGCCCUCCCCUCCAGGCCGUGAUCGUCCGCGGCGACGUCAUCGAGAGCGGCAGCAGCUACGAGCUGCAGAUCCGAGCUUGCAGCAUCUGGUGCGUGGAGCUCAUCCGACGCGAGAUCAAGCGCGAGCAUCCCGAGGCCAAUAUCAACGCGGUCCUGAUCGACUUCUUCCUGUACGACACCAUGAAGCAGCUGGAAAGCGAGGGCAAGGAGACCAUGCCGCACCACCGAACCAGAAGCAUAUGGUACUGAGCCGCUCCGAUCAGGCGGGUUGCGACGGCGGUGGCCACGUUGAUACGUCGCGAAGAAGCAGCGGCAGUAGUAGUCGUAUACUUUGCUUGGAAAUGUUGGACGGAUACCACAUUUCCGUUUUUGCAUUCUCUAGCUAAUCUGCUAGCAUGUAGCCUCUGAGGACUAAAUAAAGCCAAGCUCGAUAUCAAAGACCCCUCCUCAACGCCGCCAUCAUGAACAUUUCACGUGCUAGGAAUGGGGGCAAACUCCCCCUCCCUGCUUUGGAUUCCUCACCCCGACCCUAGCUCUCCCCCUCCCCUUUCCCCACCUUCAUACAGAACUCAAAUCGCCCCAACAGCGGUCGAGUUGAGGAUCUCAUCCAUGUGCGCGGUCUCGGCAGCGGGGGCCUCCUCCUCGCGGAGCAGCACGGCGAGGACCUCGAGCGGGGGGUCGAGGCCGAGACGGUGGGCGCGGAGCCAGCGCUUGGUGCGGGUCAUGCCGACGCAGGGCCCGUACUGCGAGCUCACGUCCCAGUACCGCAGCACCUUCUCGCCUACAUCCAGGCCCUCCUGGUGCACGCGGCGCGCUCCGCGCGCCUGCUCCAGCGCCCGCCAAUACGCGUCGAUCUG